CAGCAGGAGCAGCAGCAGCAGGAGGAGGAGGAGGAGUAGGGCGGCUAGUAAAUAACCUUAAACUCGUGCUGUUAGCACACUGUUUCCCCUGAUAAAGAAUGCUGCUGCAGCUCAAGUAAUAUAUUGGCUGGUUUGACUCUCCUUAUCUGAUAAGAGUCGUACAAACCAGCAGCAGAGAGAGAGCGCACACGACAGCUGCUGUCCAUCAUGGCGGGUGAUAUGAUGUUGCUAAUGCGAGGCCUGGCUAAGCUGAGCCAGGCAGUCGCAGAGACUCAGACCAACACCCUCCGCAGUGGAACAGCCCCAGGAAUAGGCGCUGCUGUCCAAAGUGUCCAAUCAGCUGCAGAGCAAGGCAUCUCCGCAGCCAUGACGAAAAUCCAGGAAAUGUCCGGUCAGCAGCAAAACUUUUCAUCAGAGUCAGAAUUUGACUUUCCUCCAGAUGACAGUGCAUUCACCACUUCAGAGUUCAGGGAGGAAGGUGCGGACUUCACAGGGGAUCACUCAGGAAGCAGUGAUGACGCAGCAACAGGGGCGAAACACGGCAGUGGGAAAAGCUCAGUGUUUGAGGGAUACAAAGACCCCAGCAAACAGUUUAGUGGACACAUCAGAUCCUACCACCAAGAUGCAAGACUUUUAAGUGGACGUCAGCUCUACAACUACAGGAUAAACAGACAUGUGUGGAGACAGCUUUACUGUCAGUAUCCUGUCAGUCAUUACAAGAGCUACCAUCAAGACCCGUCCACAGUGGGGGGACUGACGGCCGACGACAUUGAGAAAGCCAGACAGAGCAAGGGGACUGAUGUGAAACCACAUAAACAGAUGCUGAGCGAGAGAGCCAGAGAGAGGAAAGUGCCUGUGACCCGGCUCGGGAGAUUGGCCAACUUUGGAGGUUUGGCUGUGGGUUUGGGUAUUGGAGCUCUGGCAGAAGUCGCCAAGAAGAGCAUCAGGCAAAACGGUGUAGAAGGUGAAAACAAGAAAGCAGUUCUGGACUCGAGCCCUUUCCUGUCUGAGGCCAACGCUGAACGCAUUGUCAGAACUCUGUGCAAAGUCAGAGGAGCUGCAUUAAAGUUGGGACAGAUGCUCAGCAUUCAAGAUGAUGCAUUCAUCAAUCCUCACCUCGCCAAGAUUUUUGAGCGUGUGAGACAGAGUGCUGACUUCAUGCCAAUCAAACAAAUGACAAAGGCACUGAACAGCGAUUUGGGCUCUAACUGGAGGGACAAGCUGGAAAUGUUCGAGGAACGUCCGUUUGCAGCAGCAUCCAUCGGACAAGUUCACCUUGCAAGGAUGAAGGAUGGCAGGGAGGUGGCCAUGAAAAUACAGUAUCCUGGUGUAGCUCAGAGUAUCAACAGUGAUGUCAAUAAUUUGAUGGCAGUGCUGAAUAUGAGCAAUGCCCUGCCUGAAGGUCUGUUUCCGGAGCAUCUGAUAGAUGUCAUGAGGAAAGAGCUAGCGCUGGAGUGUGACUAUAUUAGAGAAGCCCAGUGUGCAAAGAAGUUCAGGGAGCUAUUGAAGGACCAUCCGUUCUUCUAUGUACCAGAGGUGAUAGACGAGCUGAGCAGCCGCCAUGUUCUGACUACUGAACUUGUUCCUGGAUUUCCUCUGGACAAAGCUGAGAGUCUCUCGCAGGAGCUGAAGAACGAGAUCUGCCUCAACAUCUUGACUCUGUGCCUCAGAGAGCUGUUUGAGUUCAGGUACAUGCAGACCGACCCAAACUGGUCCAACUUCUUCUACGAUCCGCAGACACACACGGUGGCGCUGUUGGACUUUGGAGCGACAAGAGGAUUUGAUAAAAGUUUCACUGACCUCUACAUAGAGGUUAUCCGUUCAGCUGCCGAGGGCAACAGGGAGGGAGUUCUGAAGAAAUCUGUCGACAUGAAGUUCCUGACUGGGUAUGAGUCCAAGGCGAUGGUGAAUGCCCAUGUGGAUGCAGUGAUGAUCCUUGGCGAGGCUUUUGCCUCCUCUGAGCCCUUCGACUUCGGUUCCCAGUCCACCACGGAGAGGAUCCACAACCUCAUCCCCGUGAUGCUCAAACACCGGCUGACCCCGCCCCCGGAGGAGACGUACUCGCUCCACCGCAAGAUGGGCGGCUCCUUCCUCAUCUGUUCCCGGCUGAAUGCAAAGCUGCAGUGUAGGGAGAUGUUCGAAGCAGCAUAUCAGAAGUAUUGGGAAGGGCGCACGCCACCGUCUGACUCAGCAUAAACCAAUUAAUGUUUGGUGUUUUGAUGAACUGGAUUGGGGGGGGGGCAACAGCAAGGUGCCCAUCAAUGCCAAAACGGAGGCCUGAACUGGUCGCCAAGCGCCAGCAUGUUGGGCAUUUAAAAAAAAACAAAAAAAACCUUUAUACGUAUCAACACCCAUCAUUUUUGGUUUGAAAGAGGGAGCAGCAGCAACACGGCAUGUGUUGUGUUUAAGGCCAGAAGACAAUAAAAGUUGUGAGAGAGAGAGAGAGAGCGAAGGAGACGAGCAGCCUCGUUUAGAUGUAAAACGAGUGUGGAAAGGUCGAAUUUGCAUCUCUUGAUAAUUUCAUGAUGAUUCUUGCAUUUAAUGUUGCUGUGAUUUGUUGAGCUUUGGGAUAAACUGUAAAGUUUGCCGCUUACCGUAAAUGUCAUGACAUUUAUUGUAUUAACUGAGCUCUAAUUUUAGGCCAGGAUAACAGUACAGGUAUUUCUGCUUCUAUUUUUUUAAAAACACAUUUAAUUAGAUAUUGUGGAUAUGAAUAAUAAGUCUAGGUCUAAAAGCAGAUAAUUAGUCAUUUUGAUAAAAAUGAAAUGGAGAUUAUGAGGAUUAACUUUUUUUUUUUUUUUUUUUUUUUUAAAGUUGACAAAGUGAUGCUUCUCAGCACUUACACACAAGAAGGUGUGACUUUAGCAUAUGUAUAUGUAGUAUACAGGAUCUUGUGUAUUAAUGCAGCCAUACCGGACUAAAUGAUGUUGUUAUAGCUUGUAGCUUCUAAGGGAAAUUUUUUAUGGGCAUAAGAUCGAUUCAAACCGUUGCUCUGUUUCAGUCAACCCUCGGUUAAGACCUAAACUCGCAGGGGAAUGGAAGUCUAUAAGCUCUCGCUUUUGUUUUUUUUAAAUAUAUUUUUUGUGCUGUUACUGGGUUUAAAUGUUAAAACAGUGUCCAGAUUCACUUGUGAAUCCAGCUGUUAACAAACCAAAGUAGUAGCAGAAUUUAAAUUCUGUCAGACAUAAUUAUGAUUUUGUCUAAUUUGCAGUUUGACAGCGUAACAGAAAAUAAAACCACAUGGAUCCACGUUGCUCUCCGUUCAGAAAUGAAGAUUUCCCAGAAGAAACUGGCCGUAGCUUACAUCAAACACUGGACCUGAAUGUUAACAAACUACCUGGAUGGAAAGCGUUCAUCCUGAUAACGCACAAGAUCAGCUUGUGGGCUCGGCUCGCUCCCACAAGUCGGUAAUCUCUCCACGCCUCCUCGGGUGAAAAAUCCUCCUGGCUGGAGUGUGACUGUGAAAGUUCUCUAUGAUCUGCUGUGUGAAUACUGCUAUAAUGAAAUAGUGUGAAAAGGGAGGGUGGGGGGACGAAAAGGUGCCUGAUUGAUGUUUCUAGCAGAUGGUUUGUAGCUAGAAAUCUCUACUUUAUAUUUCAUAUUAUGUAUGACUGAGAAAAGGGUUUAAAUUUUGUAAUCAAUGCAUUCUUAACUGAAAGUUGUAAUAAAAUAUAUGAAAAGAGUAAA